AUGUGCCUGAAUAUGAAGGCCGUUCACUUCGAAGUCCUUUCGGACUACACGGCGGAGGCGUUUCUGGCGGCUUUGCGACGAUUCACGGCACAUCGCGGUCUUUUUCGCAGCCUUCGAAAUGACUGCGGCACUAACUUCGUCGGGGCCGACGCUCAGCUUCAUGCGUUUUUCACCGCCAGCUAUUCUGAGCAACUAUUCAAUGUUGCUUCAACCCGCCAUCGGCACCACAUUACGGUGGAUCUGUGGGAGGCCGUAAAAUCGUUGAAACUCCAUCUAUAUCGAGUGCUGGGUGAAGCAACGCUCACAUUCGAAGAAAUAAGCAUCCUUCUAGCGCAGAUAGUGGCCUGCCCGAAUUCAAAGCCUCUUCAAACUUUAUCGGAUGAUCUGGAGGACAUGACCGCCUUAAUUCCGGGGCACUUUUUAAUCGGAUCAGCUCUAAACGCAGUCCCCAAACCGAGCUAA